CAGGGUGCCCAUAGUUGAAGCAGCUUGACCAGCUUCCACGUUUCCGGCAGUGCCUCAGCAGUUGGGCAAUCGUGCAGCGCAAAACUGUGGUUAAGCCUACGGUGCAGUAUAUUAUUAUAGGUAGUUGAUGUCGCUAUAGUUGGUCUUGCGUGCACUGUGACUUUUUAAAGAUUGUAGUGCCGCCUGCGAGUCAGAGAAGAUCACCCAUGCGUACCUGGACGUUCUAACAGAGCCAAAACGAAGGUCUGUCAUGAUUCUGAAGAGAAGGCGUCGGGUGGCGAUCGUGGCACUGCUCGCGCUAUCUUUCUUCUCACUGCUGAGCUACAACUACCUUCCCGUCAGCCACGACUACAUUUUCUCCUAUCUCCGGACUUCGGACUUCAUUAGCAUUUCUGGUGGACUGGAUCUAAACCGAAGUUGGACCCCUUUUUACCUACGGACAGACAUCUUCGGCCGUCCAGACAAGCCCCGGAUCCUGUUCUGGACGCCCGUGUAUGGCGAGUGGUACUCGGGCCUCAGCAAGAGCGGAACAGCGGAGCUGCGCUAUUGGCAGCCGUUCGGUGGCUGCGCCGACCGCUGCUACAUCGCCAACGACCGCCGCACCCUGUCCGUCAGCGACGCCAUCGUCUUCUAUGCCUGCGACCUGAACGCCUCCGACCUGCCGACUUACAGAGCCGAGGGUCAAAAGUGGGUGCUCUGGUCUCUCGAGGCACCCACCAGAUGCGACCUGUCACCUCUGGCGUCUAUGAAAGACGCCAUCAACUGGACCAUGACGUACAGACGCGACUCGGACGUGCUGGACGCGUACGCCAAGGUAACACGGCGUGUCAAACCAACUUUCUACUCUGUGGAGCGCCUGAAGCGAACCUGGCGCAACAAGAAAGCCAUGGCGGUCUGGGCUGUGAGCCACUGCAAAACUUUCGGCAAGCGGGAGAAUUUCGUCGACGAUCUGCGCCAGCACAUGUCGGUGGAUGUAUACGGAAAGUGCGGCAACCUAUCGUGCUCACGUGAUGUGCGUUUUGCCUGUUACGAAAUGUUUGCGCGCGAAUACUUCUUUCUCCUGUCCUUCGAGAAUACCGUCUGCAAGGACUACGUCACGGAGAAGCUCUAUCUGGCCCUGCUUUACGACAUCAUUCCGGUGACGUUUGGUGGCGCUGACUACCAGGCCGUGGCACCUCCGGGCUCUUAUAUCGACGCGCUUCAGUUCAAGACGCCUAAAAAUCUCGCUGACUACCUCAAAGAAGUUUCAGAAGACUUUGACUUAUACAAAAAGUUCUUCGAAUGGAAAGGACGGUAUAACGUGGAGCCGUGGGUGUAUUACACGUUUUGCGAGCUGUGCACUAAGCUUUAUAGUUCCAGCUUUCGUCAAAGAUCUGCGUAUCCGAGUAUAAUCCGAUGGUGGAACGAUAGUUCUCAUUGCCGUGCGUGGAAUCCUGGAACCAAACGACUUUAUCGAUAGUCACAUUAUUUGAAAGGAUGUAUUCACUUAUUAUUUAUGAGCACAUCACGAAGCCGCGUAAAGGUCAACCUCAAGACACUGCUGACUUGUUUUAGACAUCAUUUCACGCAUCAUAACCUCCUUGUCAAAGAUGCACGUCGCAUUUAAGCACGGAGUAAUUUAUAGAAAUUUGAUACUUUUGCAUAUACAUAGCAAUUUAUCACACCUAAAUAAAGCAGACGGUCGUGAUUUGAAUUCCGUUAUUUCUACUUUUUUUCUAAUUGUUCGUGCCUUUCUCACCUUUUAAUUAACCAUUAUGUAUCUUUACCACAUAUAUUUCUUUUUAAUCUUUCUGACGAAGGAGAACAUACAAAGAAAAGAGCGAAAUAAUUUUUAUUCUUCAAUCGCCGUGUCUACCAAAUUGUUCUGACGAUAUAUCCGCAGAGUGUGUUGAUAUUUUAUGCAGUUUUUACAGAGAUUUACGUUGCUCUGACACUGAUGUAUAUUGUGUUGAAUAAAUUUUAUAGCGUGUUGACA